CUCUCUCUCUCUCUCUCUCUAUGGAUAACCCCCUCGGCCACAGGUAGUUAAAGGCUUCUAAUUUUUGUCUCUUUGGGUUUCUUUUUGCAGGCGAACAGUACAAUAUUCUCUCACAGCAAAAAGCCCGACCUUUAUGAGCAUUAAAAAACAGCAGCAAACAAAUAUACAACUCUUUUUUUUUUAUCAUGAAAGCCAUGUUUAUUUGAAAGAGUUUCUUAGCAUCAUAUCUAUGUGAUUGGGCAACGGUCUUUUCAUUUUUCCUUGCCGACAUGGAAAGAAAGUGCCGGACCUUGAAAGCUAAAAGGUUUCAAAGCUGGUUUUUUGGGAAGCAAAAGAGAGCCGAUUUAUUUCGACGGAGUGAAACUUCAGUGAGAACAGAUGAGGGCAGAUAUAAGAAUGAUUUCUCGAUCGAGUCAUUGGAGAUGGCUCCAGGAGUUAUAAGCGAGGAAUUGAGAAUUUUCGUGGGUACUUGGAAUGUGGCGGGAAGGUCUCCUGUGGGGAGCUUAGAUGUGGACUUAGCCGAAUGGCUUAACCCAAAUGACACAGCCGAUAUCUAUGUUCUUGGUUUCCAAGAAAUUGUCCCGUUAAAGACAGCAACUGUAAUUGGAGCAGAGGACCAAACCGAAGCUACGAACUGGAACUUACUAAUAGGGAAAACACUCAAUGACAAAUACGGAUGUCCAUGGCUGACACCUACCGUACAUCCCGUAACUAACGAGAACUACCAAUAUAAUCGAGUCCCCAGCAAACAAAUUUCCAAAGAUCAGCAUAGAUACAAACUAAUGGCAAGUAAAAAGAUGGUUGGUGUCUUUAUAAGUGUCUGGAUAAGAAGAGAACUGCUCGAAAGACAUGAAGUAACACAUGUUCAAGUGUGUUCGGUGGCCUGUGGCAUAAUGGGUUAUUUGGGAAAUAAAGGAUCGGUUUCGGUUAGCUUAUCUGUUGGUGGAACUAGUUUUUGCUUCAUAGCUGCACAUUUAGCCUCGGGCGAGAAGAAAGGCGAUGAAGGAAGAAGGAACUGCCAAGUCUCGAAGAUUUUUAAGAGAACAUUUUUCCCACGGCUACCUGAAGGUGGCGGCAAGUUUCAGCCACUAUCCAUCUUAGGACAUGACCAGAUAUUUUGGUUCGGAGAUCUCAACUACAGAUUAUAUCUAGAAGACAACUUGGCAAGGGAGUUGAUAAAAGAACAAGACUGGGAAGCUUUGCGGAAAUUUGACCAAUUGAGAAGGGAACUCGAACAUGGAGGUGUAUUCCAAGGCUGGAAGGAAGGGAACAUUGAAUUUGCUCCUACUUAUAAGUAUUCUGCCUACAACUGCAACAGGUACUCGGGUGGAAUCCCAUGUAGAGCGGGAGAGAAGCAGAGGACUCCAGCAUGGUGUGAUAGGAUACUGUGGUAUGGCAAAGGAGUGAGGCAACUAUCUUAUUUUCGAAGCGAAAGCCAAUUUUCUGAUCAUCGACCUGUGUCGGCCCUUUUCUCUACUCAUAUUGUAGCAAAAAGUGCAAACACAGAGAUGCCCCCAGUCCCGAUAAAUCGAACAAAAAUUGUAAGUUCUCACAGUUUAGCGGAAAAACUCUGCACGUUUGCUCCGAAAAGAGAAUUUCCAUGAAAUGAAAAUCAAGAUAUAAUCCUUAAUUUUCUUAUGUAAAUUUUGCAGAAGAGAAACUAAAUGGUUAAUGAAGACCUUACAUCCACUUUGAGUUGUUAAUAGUGAAUGGCAAGUAAGCUACACUGACCAAUAUGAAUAGAAGUGAUUGACUCGAUUUUUAAGUAUUGCUACUGAAAAGCUUCACCAGGGACCAGCCUUCCCCUUCACCACCAAAGCAGAAAAUUUAACAGUAAGCAUAUGAUGAUGCGGAAAAGAGAAAGGAAAGCUUGGUGUAUGUUGAAAGAAGAUCGUAGGAUUUAUCUAAUGGCUGGAUCUAAGAAAAGAAAACUCAAAAGUUAGGGUCAAUGGAUACUUGUACAUCAUUUCCCUGAUAAAUUUUGAUACAGAAAGUUUUCAGGGCACCUAUUACGAAUUUUAAGAAUGCAAUUGAACAUGAGA